UAGAGUUUACUUUCAGUAGGUGGAGAAGAAACCUAAGGAAAGUCUCUGUAAUUUAUAUGGAUUGGACUUUGAUUGGAAUGCAAGGAAUUGAAUAUCAAAUUCAAAAUAUCAAUACCAGACCACCAAUCUGAUGUUAUCUUUUGCUUAGAAAAUUUGACACUGUUUCGCCGGCAAUGGAAUUGCCAAAAAAUCUGUAAUUUAAAUUACCAGGCAUGUGCAUAAGUCAAUCCUUGUCAUGUAUGGAUUAUAAAAUAAUAUUGCUAGUUGGAAUAUCCAUUGACAUAGUAUAGGUUAGGUUAUGCUGCUUCUUAAUUAAACACAACCUUUGGAGUCUGGGAUAAUCCUAACUGAAUUGAAACAUGGCCUUUUUCUUCUAUAGUUCACCACCAUCAGUUGCUUGUAAAGUCUGUUAUAUUGCCAUCUUCAUCUCGUCUUUUCUGCAAUUCACAGAUUCGGUUUACUUUAAAGCAAGUCGUUUCAGUCCAGAUGUGACUGACAUCCUCUAUGAAGGAGAUGCCGUGGCUUCUGUAGGAGAGAUUGAAUUCAACAAGGUUAAUUAUCUAUGUCGGGUCGCUCAUGCCAUAUAUAGAGAGAAGGUGCCGCUUUGGGAUCCUGAUUCUGGGAAGCUUGCUGAUUUCACUACACAUUUUUCCUUCACCGUUGAUACACAAAACCGUUCUUCUUAUGGCCAUGGAAUUGCUUUCUUUCUUGCUCCUGUUGGUUUCCAAAUCCCACCCAAUUCAGUGGGUGGUUUUCUAGGCCUGUUUAAUACCACAACCAGUGAUUCCUCUCAAAACCAUAUUGUUGCUGUAGAAUUCGACUCCUUUUCCAACCCCGAAUGGGAUCCUCAGUAUGAGCAUGUGGGGAUCAACACUAAUUCUAUUUCUUCAGUGGUAACAGCUCCUUGGAAUGUCACCUUGCACAGUGGAGAGGCUGCUGAUGCAUGGAUUACAUACAAUUCUAGGACAAAAAACUUGACUGUCUUCUGGAGCUAUGGGACAGGUCCAAAUUCCAGCCUUUCAUAUCAUAUAGACCUCAGAGAGGUUCUUCCUCAAUGGGUCAAUAUUGGAUUCUCAGCUGCCACAGGUACAAAUGUUGAGCGCCACACACUUGAGUCUUGGGAAUUCAGAUCCAGCCUGGAUAUUGAAGAAUCACAUGGAGGAAAAGCUCGAAAAAUUGGGUUAAUAGCUGGUCUAUCUGCAACAGGGGUGGUUCUGGUUUCGAUUGGGUUGUUGUUGUUGUUUAUAAUACGGAAGAGGAAACGGAGACAAACGAUCACAAGCAAACCUCCCUCUCCAGAGGCAACAAGCUUGACAUCUUUCAGUGAUGCUCUUGAGAGGGGUGCAGGACCAAGAGGGUUCUCUUACAAAGACCUUGACUUGGCUACUAAUCAUUUCUCGGAUGAGAGGAAGUUGGGUGAAGGAGGAUUCGGGGAGGUCUACAAAGGGUACCUAAUUGAUCUUGAUAUUCCAGUUGCUGUGAAGAAGAUCUCGAGAGGGUCUAAGCAGGGUAAAAAGGAGUAUGUAACUGAGGUGAAGGUUAUAAGCCAGUUAAGACAUCGAAAUUUGGUUCAACUCAUUGGUUGGUGCCACGAUCAAGGCAAGUUCUUGCUUGUCUAUGAGUUCAUGCCAAAUGGAAGCUUAGAUUCUCACCUGUUUGGCAGAAGAAAUCCUCUUAGUUGGACUCUCAGAUACAAAAUAGCCCUCGGUUUAGCAUCUGCUAUAGUCUAUCUUCACGAAGAGUGGGAACAAUGCGUGAUACACAGAGACAUCAAAUCCAGCAACAUAAUGCUCGACUCAAGUUUCAACGUCAAGCUUGGCGAUUUCGGCCUGGCAAGACUCAUGGACCACGACUUAGGUCCCCAAACCACAGUUCUGGCCGGAACAUUAGGCUAUCUAGCACCAGAAUACAUAAGCACUGGCAGAGCUAGCAAAGAGUCGGAUGUGUACAGCUUCGGGGUGGUGGCCCUGGAAAUCGCCACCGGGAAAAAGUCAAACGAUGCCUCAACUUCUAUGUCCUACACGACGGGGCUAGUGCAGUGGGUUUGGGAUCUUUAUGGGAAAGGAGAGCUUCUUUCCGCCAUGGAUCCAAAAUUGAGCGGAGAUUUGGAAGAGAAACAAGUGGAGUGUGUGAUGGUUGUCGGGUUAUGGUGUGCUCACCCUGACAACAACGUAAGGCCAUCCAUAAAGCAAGCAAUUCAUGUCCUGAAUUUCGAGGCCGCAUUGCCUAGUCUGCCAGUGAAGAUGCCUGUUCCUGUGUAUCAUGCCCCUCCCCUUCCCCCUGCUGCUUCUAGUGCUAGUCCUUCGGUUAACUCUGCGGACCCCUUGAUUAGUUACUCUAGCAUUGAAAUAGGUCGUUGAUGUUUGAUUAUGUAUGACUCUAUAGUCAGAAUAAAGAUUUUAAGAUACAAAAAUAAAAAAUCAAGGCAAUUGAUCUUAAGAGUGGCGAUGAGGUGAGUAGGCAAUACAGUGAGGAAGUCGAUGAAGAGAGGAGGCAACGAAAUGAGGAAGCGAUGGAAUGAGGAUUGAUAAGGUUAAAUUAAUAGAAUGAUAUAUUGAUACUAAAUUUC